AUGCGUCCGAAGCUGAAACUUUUGCUGUUCGUCUUUUCUGUGCUCCAAACGGCAUCGUGUCAGAAGAGCGAACGCGACUAUUCUCCACUUCUUGACGUUGGUUUUUGAAAAUCAUUUGAUCUUCGGUAUGAAUUCGGCUGCAAAGAUACUGAAAAUCUCCUUUUUGCACAUCUAAGCUUGAAAAAACUUUCAGCAAAACACAUCCCCAUCGAAUCCGGGAAUCUACCUUCGGCUGAUGCCGACUGGGCUCGCAUACAUGCGCGAAAUCGGCAUGAAAGUGAGUCAUUCGCCUAGAAUCUGACCUGUCUGCGCCCUCUUUAUCUCUCUUUUCUCUGUUUUUUACCCACGAUUUUUGGCUCGGACGGGUCGUCACAGCUCUUAAGUGAUCCCUAGGAUGCUCAGAAACGUCUGGAACACGUCCGAGUAUUUUUUAUCACCGCUUUGGCGAGGAAAAAGAGAGCGCAGACAUUCCAGAAAGUUACAAAUCAUUUUUUCCAGUCAUCUCGGACAACUUUUCAAAGAUCUAUCAAAAAAAUUGUUUUUGAAAAGCAAGCCCAUCAACUUCUAUGAUUCUGAAUUUUUCCAAACCACGUCACUUUUUUGUACAGCGUUUCCUAUAGGGAGUUUCUUUUGCCACUUAUUGUUCCACGGUGGAAAACCGGGUGCCAAUCCGCCGUAAUUAAGCGAUUUGGGCAAAAGCCGCGGUUUGGUUGUAAAAUCUUUUUGGGUUGGCGACGCGUAAAACUGGAAAGUUUUCGAUGAAUCUAAGCUUGGAAGUGAGUAUGUAGAGAAAGUAGCAAAAUGAUUUCAGGUUGUGAAUGAUGAGAUUUUGAAGCUCCAGCUUCCGACUAUCCGGGAGCAGAUUGAGAAUGGAGAGGUAGUUUUGAAAACUGAUUUCGAAGUUUGAAGAAAAACCGAUUACUCGAUUUUUCAUAGUUUUCCUAGAAAUUUUGAAAAAAUGGAUCUUCUCAAAUAAAAUUUCAGAUAUCUUCGAAGUCGAAAAAAAGGAUAUAAAUUUCAAAAAGUAUUUUAAUAGUUUAUAAGAAAAACAAAAGAUUUCCUAUCUUUUUUUCAAUGUAGUUUUGCCGAGAAAAAUCAGUUAUUGGAAUCCAAAAAAAGGGACUGUGUUUGACGCUUUUGAGCGCAAGUAGUUUUUGGUCGGGUGCAAUCGCCGUUUGAGUACAAGUUAAAAAAAAAAAGCUUUGCUCAUAGAGAAUAAGAGAUUCAAGAAGAUUUCCAAAAAUUAUUAGAUUUUUCCUUGAGUUUUUGGACAUAUUUGAUUUCAAAACUUGAAUCAACUUUUAAUCUGAAAACCUGAAAAAUGAAAUAAACUGUCAGGUCGCAAUCACCAACGCCUACAUCUCGAAGUACUGGGCUCCGCAAGAAUAUUCGCUAGAUCUGAUUGAACCGAGCAUGUUCUCCUGGAGCAUGAGCAAGAUGCACAUCAGGUCAGAUCAUAUCCUUUUUUUGCAAAGACUUGGAACAAUAUGACUUGUCUGCGCUCUCCUUUUUCUCCAAAAGCAUCUUUGAUUUCGGUUAUAGUUUAUCUAUGACCUUUCUGGAGCGCAGAUAGGUCAGACUGUCCUAACAUUUGAUAAAGAAAUUAUUUAUGAUUUAAAAACUACUUCAGAGCCGCCGGCGACUUCCAAGCGAGUCUUCACACACCUUUGCUCCUUCCGACGGUCCCCAUAACCGGCCAUUUCGAAGCCCUUCUUGGCCACGUCGCCUUGACCAUGACGGUCCACAUGUCUAGGUUUCCGGCUCCAGAAAGAUUUCUGGAAAAGCGUUUUUUUCUCAUUUUCAGAGGCCCGAACGGAGCUCCGCAGGUUCGAUCGGCGCUGUGUCAGUCCUCCAUUGGUUACGUCGAUUUAAACGUUCGAAAUACUGGAGUCAUCACUGACUUCUUCAUCAAUGCAUUCAAAGGUAUUUUUUUCAAACUAGGACAUUUUUCCUACGAAUAUUUGUGCUCCGGUCAUAUAUGGAUCGGAUAUAGUUCAUUCAUUAAGAUUUUGAACCGUCUGACUUGUCUGUGCUCUCUAUUUUCUCACUUGUCAUUGAGGGCACCACUGACGAGGAAGAAAAUUUCACUUUGUGGCUGGAAAAGUCCUAAAAUUGACCAGAACACUUAUUGGAGUACCAAAUGUAGAGAGAAAACCCUCAAAAUUUGUAAAAAUAAGCUAGUUUUGGACUUUGAGCCCUACUUUCUCGAAAACUAGGUGUUUGAGGUUUUUUGGCUUGAGCCAUCAAAAUAGGAGUCCUAUCAGGAUGAGAAAAGAGAGAAUGCCUGGUUGGUGGAGAGCGCAGACACGCCACGCCCCCUCAGCCUUCCAAGUUAGCCGUGAAUAGACUAUACAAAUCUAGACUUUCAGAAUCUUCUUUUGGUACACCAAAUAGUUUGCUGGCCAGUUUUCAUGAAGAUCCGAACUGCGAAGUAAAAUUUCUUUUCUUGUGAAAGGGUUCUAUAAAACAAACAAGCCAGACAGUUUCAAGAAAUAUAAUUCAUCAGGAACAUGAAGCCGGAAACUGGUUUUGAAGCCUUCUUUAUCAGAAAAAAAAUGUGGUUAUCUAAUUUUCUCAGCAGUUUUUGUAUCAAUUUGUCCAUCUUUGGAAAAUUUACUUCGAAAUUAACUUGCUGAAUUUUCAGCUUUCCUCAUCGCUCAUUUCAAGCCCCAAGUCGAACAGAGAAUGUGCAAAAUGAUCGAGAAUAUCGUUGAUCGCGAUAUGAACAUGCUCUUGUCCACAAUGCCACUGAAGGUUUUUUCAUUGAAGGAAAGAAAUCUUAUUUUCUAGGUUACAGGUCCGAAUCAACGAGCAAAGCAUCGACAUUAUCGGGGAAACGUUUGGAUUAAGUCCAAAAGUUUGUUUUUUCUUUGAAAAAUAUCAUUUCACCUUGUUUUUCAAGAACUUUCGGUUAUUUGCAAGAAACCUUUCAAGUGCCAUCAUAAGGAAUUUCAAAGGGGUCCCUAUGGGGGAAAUUUAGACGGUGAAAUCCCUACAGGGGCCCCUCCAAAGUUGUACUGUGACUGCGGAUUUUUUCAAAUUUCGAAAAUUUCUAGGUUUUGAGAAAAAUUUGUGGGUCGAGAAGGAGAAUAAUAUUAAUUGAGAGGAUCUAGAAAAUUUCCUCUUUCGAAAAAAAACUUCCAUAAAAUCCUUUAGAGUUCUGAAAAGAUUAAUAAUAAUAAUUUAUUCAUCCACAAGGUAAAAAAAGAAUAAAUAACUUUUUUUCUGAAAAAAAUAUAACCGAUUCUGAAAAAAAUUUUUCUGGAGACUUUCAGAAAAAGUCGAAAUAAUUUUUCCUUGUCAGGAGAAAUUUUCAAAACAUUUUUUAGUCCACUUCACAGCCUCGAAGCAAGCUCGGACAGAAAGGACUGAAAAACUUCACCCUCGUGCAUUUUGUGCAAAACCUGAGGGACCAAGACCUCGUCCUCGACUAUCAGCUCAUGUCGAACCCGUUCAUCCAGUCGGGAGCUGUGGCUAUGAUGGCCAAAGGAGAGAUUUCUUGGUAGUUCUGAAGUGAAUGCAGAUCUGAAAAGUUCUUUGAUUUUCAGGCGUGGCUUGGGAGGAACACCUUUCCAUGCGCCGAACAUCGUUGUUCCGCCGCCUCACGGUAUAUUUUCUCUUUUUUGUUCGAAAUAUAAGAUCAUGAGAGUACACAACUCCGUCUGAAAUUCAGAUCAAAAACCCUUUUAAGAUAAGAAAUUUAUUUCAAUUAGAAACACUUUUGAACUCGCAAAGAAAAUUCUUCAAAUCGACUAAUACCUCUUUUUUUCUGUCCAACGUUUUCGAAAAGAGUCCUUUAAGGAGUUCACAUGGUUGAGUUCUACGCCAGCGACUACCUUGCCAACUCGAUGCUUUAUCACGCCUACCGACAGAAGUUCCUCGACGUGAUUGUCGGUCCCGAGAGCAGUCCGCAGCUGAAGGUUUCCCGCAAAAAUAAAGCUUAUCAGAUAAUGGAUCAGUUAUUUUUUGAUUUGCUCAAAGAUGGGGUCGGGAAAAAUAGUAUUAUGUGCUUUUCCUGCUUCAUUUUGCUCGUAUAAACCGUGAACCUUUCUUUUACAGUUGAAUUGUCGAGUUUUGAUUAUCGGGGAUAAAUUUCUCUUGAAAACCACUUAAGUAACUACCCUAACUGAAUGAAAAGAAGUAACUGAGAACUUUUUUAAAUUUCCAUCGAAGCCUCUUUUUGAAUAGACGGGUAUUUUUGGGAUUUUUUCUACGCUAUUUUCAAAUUUUUAAACGGAUUUACUAUCGAUCUUGCGGUGAAAAUGAAGUUUGAAACUUCAGAAGCAAGUCUUUGAUGUUUUUGGUUUUCAUAAAGAAAAAAUUACUUGGAUAAGGAUAUUUUGAAAAUUUAUAUUUUACAAAGGUUAUUUUUGAUCCGCCAUAGGAAUGAUUUUCUGAAAAAGCUAUGAGUCUCGACUCUUGAUUUUAAACGUUGGGUACAAAUUUAAUCCCACUUUUCCAGGAUUUGUUACUGACAAGCUGUGGAGCGGCUGGUUUUUGCAUCGGCGAGUUUUUGGGAACACUUGGGGAGCAAUACCCGGAUCGACAAGUCGAAGUUGUUUUCACGGCCAGAAAGGUUCUUAUUUUAUUUCUUCUAGAAGAAUAUGAAUAAUUGAAGAAAAAAUGCAAUCGAAUUUAGGCUCCUCUAAUUGUUUUUAUUGAAAAUCGAGCUCGCUUCCGACUUCAUGGACGGAUGAACAUGUUUGUGAGGCCUGGAAAUGCGACUCAAGUCAAACAAAUGGUAAAUUACUUCAUAAAUAUUAUCUGCGUUAAAUCGAACCGUAACGAGAAUGCGUAGCGCCUACAAAUCAAGUUGCGCCCGACCGCAAACUACUUUCGCACGAUCGCUUAAAAUCAGUGAAACUUGGAAAUUUCGCUGUUAGCUUGAGACGCGAUUAGUGUUCGCCUGUCUGCGCACUCCACCAAUCAAACGCUGUCUACUUUUUAUCGUGUCAGGACCUUUUUUUUCUCGAGCCAGCCUUGACUAACUUGAACCGCAGCGCGACCGCAACGCAUUGAACCCUCCUAAAAAACAACCAGAUUGUUUCAUAUUACCCCGAAUAAACUGUAUAAAGUUUUUCGAGCCUUUUUUUAAUUUUUUAGGUAAUUCGAUCCGACACCACGAUGACGGCCAACGUCAAUUUGUGGAUCAACAACACGCUCAUCGUCGGGAACGCCACCAUCGAAAAUCUUGAUUUCAAGGUUUUCGCAUAUCAAUUAGAGAGAAGAAAAUAUGAUUUCCAGCUCCUCGAGACGAAAAUCGAAGACGUCGAUCAAGCUUCUUUCGGAGAUCUCGGCCUAUUUGGAGCCGAGUUCUUGGAAAAACUGCUGACGGAGAUCCUGCAGAUGGGCAUCGCCAUGCCGACCAUGCAGGGCGUCAUUUUGAAGAGUCCCAAGUUUGUUUGCUGAUGGUUCUGAAAAAAAUUAUUAGCUUCUGAUAUUUCUGAAAAAAAGGAUUACUAGAAAAUUCAGAUUUUUUUGAAAAAAAUUAACAACCUUAUAUUGGCCUCGUAUGAGGGAAGCUUCCAAAGUUUUAAAAAUUUUUGCUUUCUAAAUUUUGUAAAAUACUUCUCCCAAUCGAUGAGCUAACAUUGAGGAGAUAAAAAAAAAGCCAUAUAGAGUAGUUUUACUCGAUAAAAUAUCAGAUUGUCCUUCCACGAACGGUUCAUGAGGGUCCAGACGUACUUCAAGCUCGACGAGCAGUACGCCGGAAGCAUCGUCCGUGGAGCAGUUCGGCAGAGUCUCAGCAGGCCUUAUUUCCAAGGCUAG